AUUGGUGCCACGGUGAUAGUGCCAGUGCCAGCCGCGACAUCGGCCGUUGCGCAUCCUCCGCCCUGCCCCUCAGCUCCCUCGCCAGCCAUGUGGAAGGUCUUCCUCGUCGUGUUGCCCUUGGUCCUUGGCUCCUGCCGGGCAAGUGGGCCGCUGGAACAAGUUGUUGAGCAGAGUACACAUACAGGUGAUCAGGAAACAAUGAACACAGAAGAACAGCGUUUUAGAUACUUGUUAUAUCAAAUCAGUGACACCAUGAAAAAGCUGCUGAGUGAACAACAGAAGUACAUUGAUAAUCGUUUAAACACUUUAACGCUGACAAUGGAAAUGGUCUGCGGUUCCCAAGCGAUUAGUCAGGUGAACGGCCGAGUAGAUGUUGCAGAAUCAGGAAUUAACAUAGAAAAUAUGGCCGCUGAGAUUGUACGAAUUCUAACAGCAGUACUUCAGAGCCAGCUGUCCCCUCUGGCGACCUCCGAGGCUUUGAGUGACUUGCAGAGUAACCUGUCCUCCUCCGCCGCUACCUUGACAGGGGAGGUCAAGCAGGCGAUUUCCAGUCUGGCUUCCGAGGUGGACACGAACACUAAAAGUCUUGCCACCGAAAGUCAGCUCCAGGAAAUUAAGGAGCAGCUCGCCAGUGUUACAUCUUGUAACCACAGAAAAGACUUCGACCAAGUUUUAGCAUUGCUGACAACAACCGAGGAAGACAUUGACGAUCUGGCAGAGUCUCUGAAUACGUCCCUGGCAGAGCAAAAAGCCGCUUGUCUGAGCGGGGAUGAGCACCAGCAACGCACAGCCAGCCUGGUAGAGCUGCUGGAGAGCUUGCAGGUCUCGGUGAACAGCAACGCCGACAGCAUCCGCGGCGUCGCUUCCGUCGUGGGAGGGCUGGAGGGCGACGUCGUGCGGCGUCUCGAGGUCCUCGAGGAGCUGGCCGAGAAAAUCAACAACAACACACUGCUUCCUCCGCCUCCUCCGCCAGCGGCGAAGCAGAUCAGCCCUUGCCUCGACAGCACCUUCUUAGGCGGGGGCGCGACACUGGACGUGUGUAAUGCCGCAGUCCACUUCAAGAAGUGUCAGAUAGACUUCGUGGCAUAUCACUGCUGCCGCUCUUGCACUGAAGCCGGGAUGGUUCCCGAAAUAGGUCCGCAUCGCUACCUCAACUUCGGCAGGAGAGUGUCCAUCCUCAAGGCUCUACAGGUCAUGAGGCCGUAAAUAGUGUUCAGCUGUUUUUCUUUCUUUUUUGAAUUCUUGUUAUAGUCAGGCUUAAUGUAACAAUGGACUCUUAUUAGUUUAUGUCCGUUUGAUAAUGGUUAUAAUGGUAAAAAUGGUUAUGCCUGUGAUGUAAUGUAUAAUAGGAACAUUUACGCUCCUCUUAAAUAAUGGUAUUUUGAGAUACGUAGUAUGUAUCAAUAUAUAAAAAUUAUAUUGGAGCCAACAUAUUUCACUUUCUUUUCUCAUUUGUGUAUAUCAAAUAAUCAAACUUUUAUAUCUUCCGUAACAUGUUAUUUGAGUGAUCGCUUUAGCACACCAUAGAUUCUUGCGAUAAAAAUUAUCUCCUUUUGUGUGGGUUAUCCGAGAUGAAAGACUGUUCAUAUGUAAAGAUAACCAUUCUCAAGCAUACUUAUUUUUAACGCGACCUUCAUGGAGAAUAUAUGGGAGGAAUUCCCCAAAUGGAAUGAAAUAAUUGACGUUUCGAUAUUACAUCUUUGUUUCACUUAUGCAAUUCUCAAGAAUAUAUCGCAGGUCCAAUACACAUUAUACAUUGUGGAAUUGAUAAUUUUUCUCCAUACUUAUUCAACACUUUUGAUAUAACACUCUCGUAAUAGCGAAGUUUGUGCGAUGGACUGCGAUGGACCAUUCCGUUUUCUAUUUGGGAUGUAUCAUUUUCUCUUGUGUUGUAUUUUUGUCUUUUGUAAAAUACAUUUGAUAUUCAUUGGAA